AUGCCACUCAGAAUUACACCCAGCCACAAAGCCGUCUACGUGCCGUCAUCUGACACAGCACCAGACUCCUCCGACCUCUCCGAGCUAUCCGAAGACGACCAUUUCGCACAAGACGACUCUGACGACGAAACCCUCUUCGACCAUAACAGUUACGAGAUCGGCCCCGCAAUAGCAACCAGACAACUAAGCAUACACCAUUACAAUGUAAAGGAAUGGGAUACUCGAGACGCGUAUCGAGAACUGUACAAGCAUUGGAAACAAACAAUCACCAAAUCCUUUGCCGUAGAAGAUACCUUCCACCAUGAGCACUCAGAAACCCAUAAUAAUAUCACAGUCAAGGCCCUAAUCCCAACAUGGCCCGGAUAUAUGGGGUUCAUCAGAUACAGCAAAAUAACAGGGACAAUCACGUUUAUUAAUGCCGAUGCCUACCUUCUACAAUCCACACACACCAUUGAACCUGAAGACUCUACAACCGACAACAUCAACAACACCGACGCCCUAUUCCAAUUCCAAAACGACCGACUCAAAGCCAUAGCGUACGUCCUACUCCUCUCAGGAUUCAACAUCCAAAUCACCUCCCGAAACCAUAUCUGGACAUUCAACCUAUCGCUCACUCCAGUUUCCUCCACGUCCCCAAGCAGAAACAUUCCAAGGAUAUCAUGUACCGUGAACACCCUAACCCACACCCACAACCCUAUCCCCCCAAACAACACCCUCACCAUUACCAUCACUUCCCAAUACCCCUCUCCCCUCCAACCACAAACCUUCCGCAACUGGCUCCGCACAUCCCUGUACCUCACCCACCCCAACCCCAACCCCCUGUCCCUAAACAUACACACAGGCACAAUUGCAAACAAAAACAAAAACACAAUCCCCACCCCCCACGGCACCAUCCUCCUCGCCCCCACCCACUCCGGAACCCUCUACCUGAACGGAAUCCUCCUGCCCGAGCGCAACUUCCCCAGGGCACAAUACAAAUACGGAUAUGAUUUCCACUACGGGAUACCCACUACGAGUGGGAGAAGGUUAGCGAGCGCGGUACAUGAACUUGAUCUGAUUUGUUGUAUCUGGGAUGCGGCGAUUCGCGAGAAGUCGGUGUAUGCGGUGCCGAGGUUUGUGGAUAUGGUGUUGGAGGGUGGGGAUGGGGGGUCGUGGGUUGUUGAUGUUAGGGGGGUGGAGGAUGGUGCUGGGAUGGGUGAUGAGGCGGUUGAGGCGGUUUGGUGGGCGAUUGUGGUUAGGGGGUAUUAUUGUUGUGAAGAGUGCAAGGCUGGUGAGAUUAGGAGGAUGCUGGGGAAGGAGCCGGUUAAGGUUCCGGUGGGUUUGUGGGGUGCGUUUCGGAGGUUGGGGUUCGUGGGGAGGGUUUGGGAGAGGGAUGGGAGGGAUGGGAGGUGA